UCAGCGGCAGCCUUCCUGGUUGACAGACAAACUAAGCCUUGCUCACAAAAGGAGAGGGGAGGUUGGCUGGGCCUGUCUGGCUUCCCUCCCCUUGUCCCAGCCUUUGGCUGCAGGCAUCUCUCCCAUUCUGCUCAGCCAGCACCCUACAUUCUGAGAGGCAGCAAAGGGGCUGCAAAGUCACUGUGGCCCCAGCUGCGUGCCCUCUGCACUGGGGAGGUGGAUUCAAGGAAUGACAGGGUGACUGUGAGGCAGGGAUUGCUGGAAUGGCUGCCCCCUCCUUCCCUUCAGUUGGCUGGGAAGGCAGCUUGGAGAGGAAGCCAGGUCGGCAGGUAGCAGAGAAAGACAUUGGUUCCAGGGGGAGCAGUAGAGAAAGCAAACAAACAGGGCUUUGUGUGGCUGAGGAUUGGCGUCUCAGAAGGGAAGCCAGGCCUGUGGUAGUGGGGAGGAGGAGGGGAUAGGAGUUCAGGGCAUUGCUCUGGGCCUGAGAUAGGUGGCUGGACCAGCCUAGGCAGGGAGCAGGGAGCGUCACUGACUCUGUGGACAGACAUCCGGAGUCACAGCUUGGCUGAGACCCAGCUCUGCCACUUCACUCCCUAACAGAUCUGGGCUUGUUUGCCCACCAUACCUGGGUGAAGUCACUCACGUGCAGGACUUGGGAAAAGUCACGUGGCCUGACUGGUCUGGCCCACAGGGUGUGAGCUCCCAUCCUACCCUUGUCCCUGCUGUGGGAGGACAAAGGGUAAAGGGGGAUCAGGGUCUGCUUCCGGAGCAGUCAGCUUAGCUGGGUCUCCUGGAUGGGUAGAGAUGGCCGAUGAAAACUGUGGGCACUUUGGGGGCUUUAACGGCAGCCAUGAGGAGAAACAUGUUCGUGCUGUUCAGUAACAGCCGACCUCGAGAGGGGGCGGUGAGAGGGCAAACGCCCGCGCUUCCUGCCCGCCCCUCCGAGCGCCUGCCUCCAACGGCAUCCACCAUUUUGGCCACGCCGGGGCCUCCUCCGCGACAUCAGACCCAACCAGCCCCUGCCGGCUGGAUCCGCGACGCCGGGAGCUGCCAGGGCGUCGCACCGCGGAGGCAGAGCGGGAGACGGGGCGGGCCGCCCCGUCGCCAUGGCAACACCCGUCCCGGCGUGCUCCGCGGGGCCGCUGGGCGGGGCGGCCCUAGCCCCGCCCCCUCAGCAAGCCGCGUUUUUCCGGGAACCCGGAGCUGUGGGCGGUGGCUCCUAGCUGGGGCGCUGCGGCCACCCUCUGUGGGCGUUAGCUCCCGGCUUCAGGGGGAGCGAGAAGCCAAUGCCUGGAGCCUGGGUCAUGGGGAGGCUGCACGCCCCCACUCCCGCCUCCAGGCCGCGCUGCCCCCGAGCUGUCGGCUCAGGGCCUGCAGCUCUGCCCUUCCCUGGGGCUGCCCAACGGCCCUACCUCCGCCCUAGGGCCAGCGAAAGCUGGGGCUGGGAAUGCACACACCCACGCCUACCCACACCCUCGCGUCCAGGCCUGGACUCUGCCACCCAGCCGGCCUCCCUCCAGCGCAGGAGUACAGGCCUCCCCUACUUGGCAGCUGACUGACUGCCUGCCCAGGAGGCACAUUCCUACCUCCUGAGCUCGGACACCCCUCCCGCCCUGGGGGCAUCCUUUUCCGGCACUUUGCUGCCAAGCCAGCCCUGCCUACCCCCACCCGCCUUCUCAAGUGUUAAGUCCCGAAUGGGUCAGUCACUCCAGGGCCACCUUUCCCCUGGUCUCUUCAGAGUCACCCACUCAGCUGACCUCUGUUCGCCCCAGCUUGGAUUGGGCAGGCAACAAAUUUUAUUGCAGCCUUUCAGUCGUGGAAGGGAGACUGUGUGCCUGUUUAGCAGCUGUUCUCUGGCCUUUCUUGAGCCUCACCCAGGGCACAUGCGCAAGGAGAGUGAGAAGGGGCCUCAGUUGCAGCAAGGACUCAGGCUUGAUAUCAAAGAGAACUUCCCAGCCUUAAGCAUUUGCUUUUUAAUGAAAUAAUCGGAUUGUUAAUAUGUUGAUUUUAGAAAAACCUAAAAAUGCAGGAAAACAAGUAAAAAUCCUCUAUAA